GAAGCAGGCUGCUGCAUAUUUCUGCAACACAGGGCUGGUUAAGACUGAGGGGUUUAUAAGAAAAUAUAUUAUUACAAAAUAUAUUUAAAAAAGAUAAAACUAUAUUAAUACUUUUUUUUUGUUUUGUUUUGUUAAUUUAUUAUAAUUAAGUAACUUCUAAAUUGUAUGCUUUGUACAGAUUGAAAACUGUGAGCAAGGAAAGAGGAAAGGAACAAUCCCAAAAUGGACAUCCGAGGAGCUGUUGAUGCUGCUGUUCCAACCAACAUCAUUGCAGCCAAGGCUGCAGAAGUCCGUGCUAAUAAAGUCAACUGGCAAUCAUACCUUCAAGGCCAAAUGAUUUCCGGAGAGGACUGUGAGUUUAUUAAGAAGUUUGAAAUGGCUCGUUCUGAAGAGAAGCACACCAUACUGACUAAUGAAGGACACCAGUGUGCAAAAACGUUCCUCAACCUUAUGGCUCAUAUCUCCAAGGAGCAAACUGUACAGUACAUCUUGACUUUGAUCGAUGAUACACUUCAGGAAAACCAUCAGCGUGUUAACAUCUUCUUUGAUUACGCCAAAAGAACUAAAAACACGGCCUGGUCCUACUUUCUGCCAAUGCUGAAUCGCCAGGAUCUGUUCACUGUUCACAUGGCUGCAAGAAUUAUUGCAAAACUGGCAGCCUGGGGAAGGGAACUGAUGGAAGGUAGUGAUCUGAAUUACUACUUCAACUGGAUUAAGACUCAGUUAAGCUCCCAGAAACUGCGUGCUGCAGGUACUGAAACUGGAACAGUUUCCCCAGGUGAUAGCUCCCAGUAUGUGCAGUGUGUUGCUGGGUGUUUACAGUUGAUGCUCAGGGUUAAUGAGUACCGUUUUGCAUGGGUUGAAGCUGAUGGGGUCAGUUGUAUAAUGGCAGUCCUGAGCAAUAAGUGUGGAUUUCAGCUCCAGUAUCAGAUGAUCUUCUGUAUCUGGCUGUUGGCAUUCAGCCCUCAGAUGUGUGAAUUCCUCCGCCGACACAAUGUGGUCCCUGCUCUGUCAGACAUCCUCCAAGAGUCAGUCAAAGAAAAAGUAACCAGAAUAAUUCUAGCAGGAUUUAGGAAUCUCUUGGAGAAAUCUGCUGAUAAAGAGACACACCAAGAAUAUGCUCUGGCCAUGAUCCAAUGUAAAGUGCUGAAGCAGCUGGAGAAUCUAGAACAGCAGAAAUACGAUGAUGAAGACAUCUCUGAGGAUAUCAAGUUCCUUUUGGAGAAGCUUGGUGAAAGUGUUCAGGAUCUCAGCUCAUUUGAUGAAUACAGUUCUGAAUUAAAAUCUGGACGCUUGGAAUGGAGCCCUGUACACAAGUCAGAAAAAUUCUGGAGGGAAAAUGCAGUUCGAUUAAACGAAAAGAACUAUGAACUACUUAAAAUACUGACUAGGCUGCUGGAAGUCUCUGAUGACCCCCAGGUUUUAGCAGUGGCAGCUCAUGAUGUUGGGGAAUAUGUGAGGCAUUAUCCUCGAGGAAAACGAGUAAUUGAGCAGCUUGGUGGGAAGCAGUUAGUAAUGAACCACAUGCACCACGAGGACCAGCAAGUUCGUUACAAUGCGCUACUAGCUGUACAGAAGCUGAUGGUACAUAACUGGGAAUAUCUUGGAAAGCAGCUACAGUCAGAGCAACCUCCAGCUGUAGCAGCAAGAAGCUAGGGGAUCCCUGUAAUGUGUGUGUCCUUUUCAAAUCAAUUGUUGCAAUGGAAAGAAACCAUUAAUAUCUGAAUGUCAUUAGUUGUUACUGUAAAUGUAUUGUGUUUAGAUAAUGCAGUAUACCCUAGUAAUGUCAUAAAGUGUAUAAGAUAAUCUUUCAAUUUGAAGUUUUGUGUCUCGUGUUAUGUGGAUUGCAUAUGGAGGAGUGUUGUUAAUUAAAACAAGCCCAAUGUUCAUUGCUGUAAUAGUUACUUAUUUAUGUGUUAGAUGUACGAAUAUAUCCAUUCCAAUAAACUAGAUUCCAUUAAGCUGGUGGAAAUGUGUGGAUUAAGAAA